AUGGCGGCGCGUCGUGCGUUAUCCAGCUAUGACAUCCUCACGGAAAUCUUCGAAUAUUUUUCGCUCGCCAGAAGUGCGGGUAUAUGGGACAGAUUGGACAGCACCUUUGCACUGGUGAAGUGUGCUCGAGUUUCCAAAGCAUUCUCUGACAUCGCACUGGAUAUUCUAUGGAGGGACUUGUAUGGCUUAUUACCUCUAUUUCAACUCUUCUCUUCGUUCGUCAAAGAUGUGGGACCGGACGAACCUCCGGAUGAUUUGGAAGAAGCGGAGCCAAUGGAUGAGCCUGAGCAGUAUUCAGACUAUCUGAAUGGGACAAUCACUCCGGAAGAAUGGACAGUGUUCGAGAAAUACGCACGGCGUGUGCAGUUCUUUGUUUUCCUCUCUGCGUUGCCGUAUCUGGAGGAGCUGUGGAUCAGUUGUGAACACAUACACAUGAAGCCGGUCACACUUGCGUCCUUGCACGCUCUAUUCAAGCUGAAAAUAUCCGGAAUUAUAGCCCAGAUUGUGUCGGUCUUGGAGAUCAUCUCUUGCCCGAAUAUUCACACUCUUGACAUCACCAAUACUCAAGUUGAUAGCAGUCCUCAUGACCUUGUUCAGCUCAUGGAACUAGUAUGGAGCAGCAGCGGCACGUCGUUGCACAGUAUAUUCUAUUCCAACGCCGGUUCUUUUAUUGGGGAUGAAUCAUUGCUCGACCUUGUUCGGCCGCUUUUGCAGACUCCCCGGCUCCAAUUCGUUGAUCUCCAAUUUGGACUUGGACCGUGGGGCUUGCCAGACACGGAUGUCCGUGAUAUUGCAUCUGCUUGGCCAGAGCUCCGUAGCUUCUGCUUGAGCGCAGACAAGAGCUCUUCACGUCCCGAACUCUACCCUAUUGGUCGCAUGCCGUCGAUGGGCUCACUUGCCAUCUUCGCUCAACUCUGUCCGAGUUUGGUGAAGCUUGCGUUACCCUUCAUCGUGGACUCAGGGUACUCAAAUAGUGACGAAUCCCAUUGGACAACAUCUCAUUCCUUGCAGGAAUUAGAUAUUGACUACAUCUGCCCUCCGGGAAUACGAAACCCUUCGCAGACAGCUCAGUUCCUUGAUUCCAUUUUCCCAAACCUUGACAUACCCUUAUCGUUCCAACAAACCAGUCUCGCUUAUCUCUUAUUGGAAGACUUUGAAUGCAUUCACCCCAUAAUCUAUCGGAGGCAUGAAGGCUGGGGUACGGUGGCCCAAUUGAUGGAGGAACUGCAGACAGCUAGAACAGAAUGA